CUUCUGCCCGACACGAGGCAGAUGCGGUGCCACCAGUUUCCGCUGCAGAAUGGCGCGAUGCAUCCGGUUGCCGCAUGGUCUCUGGACGGCCAUGAGAUCCCGCAGUCGGCACGCGACCACCUACAUACUCUCUUUUACCAGCCGCUCCACCCUACGUUUCUGCCAGCGUGUACAUGGUCUCUGUCGCGCACACAACCACCGUCGGACGUGCUUCUCAACGUGCACGUGGGUGUUUCCAAGGGCGCAGGUGGCACUCAAUUUCUUGUCUCGGGCGACUAUGCGUUCUACCAUUACAUGCAGCAAGGGAUCAACGACAAGGUAACAUUUAUUCUGGAUCGCGUCCUGAAGACCAUGCAUCAUCGAUUAGGGUUGGGGUUGUGCGUAUCGGUCGCUCCAGACCCUGGCUUCGUGGCUAGUCUUCAACCGCUACACUUCGGUCAUCAACACAGGGUUCCCGUCCCGACCCACCGUGAGAUUCAAGAAACACUGGUGCACAUUGGCGACAAGCCGCCCCGUUUUCUCGGCUCGUCCGACUGGAUUGGGUCGAUCGAAGUGGGGUUUGUGCUCGACGAGCGCUACGGGAUCACAUUUCGAAGCCUCUCCUGUGCGUCGGGCGCCGACUUGCCGUCCCGGGCGCACGACCUCGCGCUCCAUUUUGAAUCUCAGGGAACGCCCGUCAUGAUGGGCGGCGCUUCCAUGGCGUACACGUUGCUUGGUGUUGACAUCCAUGCGUCGACGGGCGACGUAGCGUUUUUGAUUCUGGAUCCGCACUACACUGGUCCCGAUGAUCUGGUGACGAUCCAAACAAAGGGCGUCGCGUGUGGCUGGCGCAAAACAACGUCGUUUGCGCCAGGAAGCUUCUACAACUUUUGCCUGCCCCAGCGCCCAGAGCUGCAUUGAUCCACGAUUCGAACACGGGAUUUGAUGUCCCGCGGCCGGCGUACGAGACACAGUUAUACAUGCUGCAAAGUAUCAAUAUCAGCGAAA